GGUCUACUUACGAACGGGGGAAAUAACUGUGAAUUGGGAGUGAAAAAAGUACCGUUUUGGAAUUACGAUUUUGUGGAAAAUAUGGAGUUUCUCAUAGGAAGCCCCUUCUCUUCUCCUGUUGGACAACGAAUUGACAGUCAUAAUAAGGGGAUAAUAUCUCCUGUUGAUGUUGACAGAACGAGCCACCAGCGCCGCGCUGCAUUCAGAGGACUGGGCCCUUAACAUGGAGAUAUGUGACAUCAUCAACGAGACAGACGAAGGACCCAAAGAUGCAGUCAAAGCCAUAAAGAAGAGGAUUGUUGGUAAUAAGAGCUUCAGGGAGAUCAUGUUGGCUCUGACAGUUCUGGAGGCAUGUGUAAAGAACUGUGGCCACCGGUUCCAUGUUCUAGUGGCGUCCCAGGACUUUGUGGAGGGGGUUCUGGUCCGAGCCAUCCUGCCCAAGAACAACCCUCCCACCACCCUGCACGACCGGGUGCUGAGCCUCAUACAGGCGUGGGCCGAUGCGUUCCGUAGCUCUCCCUCUCUGGGAGGUGUGGUCUGUGUGUACGAGGAUCUGAGGAGGCGGGGCCUGGAGUUCCCUAUGACCGACCUGGACGCCCUCUCCCCCAUCCACACCCCCCUCAGGAGCAUUCCAGAGAACGACUCCUCUGUUACAGUGCCAGCUCCACCACCUCAGAGUCAGACUCCCCGUGGCCCUGCUGCCCCUGCUGCCUCGUCCCCUACCCAGGCUGCGCUGACUGCCGUGCCCCCACAACUCAGCGAUGGACCCAUCUCCAUCUCUCCUGAACAGGCCCAGAAGCUGAGAGUUGACCUGGCUCUGGUCAGGGGGAACCUGACUGUGAUGACUGAGAUGUUGAACCAGUUGACGCCUGGACAGAGCCAGCAGGAGGACUCGGAGCUACUGCAGCAGUUGUACCAGGUGUGUAGGGAGAUGCAGAGCCGUGUGGUGGAGCUGAUCCCCAGGCUGGUGGACGAGGGCCUCAUAGAGGAGCUGCUGGUCGUCAACGAUGACUUAAACAAUGCCUUCAUCCGCUACGACAGGUUUGACAGACUCAAUAAGGCCCAGAGAACAGCUACAGAGCAGCAGACUCCUGCCAGGGCCAACCUCAUUGACCUCAGCCCUGUGCCCCAGUCCCUCAGCCAACCAGCAACCACCUCUGCGGCCGCCAGCCAACCCGCAUUCAGCGCUCCCUCUAAUCAGAGGCAGGCAGCCAACCACAGUGCACCAGAGGAGGAUGAGUUUGACAUGUUUGCCCAGACCAGGGGCAGCUCUCUGGCCGAUCAGAGGAAGAGUAUGCGGUACGAGGACCCAGGAGCAGUGGAAGGACUGGCUGGAGCCCUGGACACCAGGUUACAGGUCACUGGAGCGAUUCCUUCGUCUAAGCCUAGCCCUAAGAACUCCGCCCUGGAAGACAUUGACAGAUGGCUGUCUGCGGACACAGAAACGCAACCAGAGGCUGGGGACAGGGAAGGGCUGACCAGUGAGGAGUUUGACAAGUUUCUGGAGGAAAGGGCGAAGGUGGCCGACCACAUUCCCUCAACACGCAGCCUGCCCCCUGUCUCGUCCAGGCCCCCGCCACAAUCCGCCCGGCAACAGGAGAGCUCCCAUGACCAGCUUUUCUCACUCUGAGAGAACGGCGCACGCACAGCAGAGGUGGACUCACAGGUCGACACAUAGUCCUAGCCAACACAUAGGAUGAACACGCAUAGUGCCUUGCUACCUUUUUAAUCAUAGUGCUUCUACUUUGAAAUGAUGUUUUUCAGUCUUCACUUUGUGCUGUUGCUAGUCUAGGACAUGAUGACGAUCGGUUAUGCUAUGGUGGCACUUUACCUUAUCAAUGUGUGUGUGUAUAUAUAUAUAUAUCUAUAUCUCCUGAGUAUGCGUGCUUGGUUACACACACACUGCGUGGUGGUAUUUAUUUUAUUUUUUAUUGAAUAAUUAUUUAACUAGGCAAGUCAGUUAAGAACAAAUUCUUAUCUUCAAUGACGGCCUACACCGGCCUAACCCAGACGACACUGGGCCAAUUGGGACUCCCAAUCACAGCCGGUUGUGAUACAGUCUGGAUUCGAACCAGGGUGUCUAGUGACGCCUCUAGCACUGAGAUGCAGUGCCUUAGACCGCUGCGCCACUCGGGAGCCCCCACUCGGAUAUCACGUCAUUCAAAAGCCUAUACACUGAGGGUACAAAACAUUAAGAACACCUUCCUAAUAUUGAUCCCCCAGAACAGCGUCAAUUUGUCUGGGCAUGGACUCUACAAGGUGUCGAAAGCGUUCAACAGGGAUGCUGGCCCAUGUUGACUCCCAAUGCUUCCCACAGUUGUGUCAAGUUGGAUGGUGUCCUUUGGGUGGUGGACCAUUGAUGCACACAGGAAACUGUUGAGCAUAAAAAACCCAACAGUGUUGCACUUCCUGACACAUUCAAACCGAUGCGCCUGGUACCUACUACCAUACGCCAUUCAAAGGCACUUAAGUAUUUUGUCUUGCCCAUUCAUUCACUCUCUGAAUGGCACACAUACACAGUCCAUGUCUCAGUUGCCUCAAGGCUUAAAAACCCUAUUUAACCUGUCUCCUCCCCUUCAUCUACACUGAUUGUAGUGGAUUUAACAAGUGACCUCAAUAAGGGAUCAUAUCUUUAACCUGGAUUCACCUGGUCAGUCUGUCAUGGAAAGAGCAGGUGUUCUUAAUGUUUUGUACACUUAGCACAGACCUGUAAGUAUACACUAUGUACAUUUCCUGAAUGCUGAGACCAGUUGAAUCAAUGCAGAAAGCAAUAUCAACCUUUUUUAAUGGAGAUUCACAGUUAAUUCUAAUUCUGAAGUUUAGUAGUUCAUAUACUGCACUAUGUGAACUGUGUGUAUGUGCAUAUAUAUAUAUGAAGUCUAGUAUUAUGAAUGAAAAUAAAAUAAAUUGAUAUUUGAAAA